UAGCAGAAGUUACUGAACCUCUCGACGGUUCUCUUGAAUAAGAAUUAAUUCUGGAAUGAAUAAAUAGAGCUUGAGAUUUAUGUAGUCCGAGGCAAGCUGGCAACUGCCAGGAGAUGGAGCCCAGGGAGCCUCGAUGGUGAUGCCAGUGGCCACUGGGUCAAGAGGGGCAGCUGGGUGAGAGGAAGAGAAAAGGGAAGUGAUGACAGCAUGAUCGGCCCAGUGACUCCGGCAGGGUGGCUGCAGGAACAUGCUGAGCCCAAGGAUCAGGCGAGCCAGGAGGGCUCACUCCAAAAGCCUGGUGAUGGGGGAGCAGAGCAAGAGCCCUGGGCAGCCACCCUGCUCCCAUAGGCUGGGCCCAGUGCUGAAGGCAGGCUGGCUGAAGAAGCAGAGGGGCAUCAUGAAGAACUGGCAGCAGCGCUGGUUUGUGCUGCAUGGGGAUCAGCUUUUCUAUUACAAGGACAAAGAUGAGACCAAGCCCCAGGGAUUUAUUUCUUUGCAAGGGAUGCAGGUGACCCAACUUCUUCCUGGCCCUGAAGAUGUGGGGAAGCACCUCUUUGAGAUCAGCCCAGAAAUGAAUAAAUAAAAUCUUAAAACAAAAAAAAAAGAAGAGAAGAAGAAAAGAUUCAAUAACCUCCACUGGACUCAUCAUUCUGGCUGGGGAAGGUCAUGGGCACAUGUCUGCCAAAAGCAAUGGCCAGAGUGGGAAAAACUUGA